UAAAUCCAAUCUUUCUUUUGUCCACCCCUCUUAGUACAACUAUAAAAACAUGUUCCCAAACCUCCUUUCCAAAAAAUUUCUUUCCUUUCCACAUCCUACUAAAGAAAAAAAAGAAAAAGAUUUGAGAAAGAAAAAUGGCUUCUCUUUCCUACCUGGCUUGCUGUGGCACUAGAUGUUCAUCCAAUACUGGAGAUCGCCAUGACCCAAUGAAACAAGAACUCAGUAAAAUCAACACAAAUGGGAUUUCUAGUUUGUUGACAACUGAGAUCGGUGCACAUACAAAUGGAGCUGUUAGCACUAUAGUUGUUGCACCAGGUGCUGCAAAUGGAUGCAUCCCAAGAGAGCAGAUUCGACAAAACAUUCCGACGGGGAAACAGUUUGAGGAUCCUUACAGGCAAGGACUCCUGGUUGAAGAGGGAGUUGGAUAUAGACAGACAGUUGUUAUUCGUUCCUACGAAGUCGGUCCUGAUAAAACUGCAACAAUGGAGACCAUCCUCAACCUUCUUCAGGAAACAGCAUUGAAUCAUGUGUGGAUGUCAGGGCUUCUGGGUGAUGGAUUUGGAGCAACUCAUGGAAUGAUGAGAAACAAUCUCAUAUGGGUUGUCUCAAGAAUGGAAGUCCAAGUUGAUCAUUACCCAAUCUGGGGUGAGGUACUGGAAAUAGACACAUGGGUUGGAGCCUCAGGGAAGAAUGGAAUGCGCCGAGACUGGCUCAUUCGAAGUCAAGCCUCAGGCCUCGUUUUCGCUCGUGCAACCAGUACCUGGGUUAUGAUGAACCAGCAAACUCGACGCCUUUCCAAGAUGCCAGAAGAGGUUAGGGCUGAGAUUUCCCCAUGGUUUAUUGAGAAGCAAGCAAUCAAAGAAGAUGUGAAUGAAAAGAUUGAAAAAUUGGAUGAGAAAGCCAAAUAUGUGAACACUGAUUUGAAGCCAAAGAGGAGUGACUUGGACAUGAACCACCAUGUUAACAAUGUUAAGUACCUAAGAUGGAUGCUUGAGACCAUCCCUGAUCAAUUUCUGGAGAACCAUCAACUGUCAGGUAUGAUACUAGAAUACAGGAGAGAAUGUGGAAGUUCAGAUACAGUUCAAUCCCUUUGUGAACCUCAAGAAAAUGGAAUUCUUAAAGAUGGAACCAAACAAGACACUAGCAUGAGUUUACAAAAUGGAUUUUCUAUGCCAUCUGGAAUUAUUGAAGGCAAUGGACUCCUAGGAUGCUUUGAUAAGGUGCCCUUUAGGUAUACACAUUUACUCCAAAUCAAAGGGGAGGCCAAAAAUGAAGAGAUUGUUAGAGGAAGGACCUCAUGGAAAAGAAACCUCUCCAUCAUGCCAUUUUCGAUCUAAUUCAUGUUUAAUUUGCGUAUAAAAGGGCAUGAUAUGAUUAUUUUAUUCUAGAAUAAACUUAUUUUGUGUUCAAUUUUAGAUUUUUUGUGAUCGGGAUUACUUAUCCCUAUAUAUGUAUGAUUAUUUUGUCUUAAAGGAGGAAUUAACUUGUCUUAGGAUAAGACUGUCACUAUAAAAUGACUAAAAUGCUCUCGUCAACAUAACUUAUCAAGCUAAUCUUGUUUGCGAAUCACAACAUGUUUAAAAGAUAUAGAAAGCAUAUUCAACCAAAUGUUUGAAUGGACUGAAAUUAGUUGGAGCAUAUAGUGGAUUGCCCAACAUCCUGGUUUAUUUUCAAAUUUCCAAUUAUAAAUUGAAGAUAAACUUCACUUGGCCCCUCUAUGGUUUAUCCUCCAAUUAUUUUGAAAUAACCACAUACCAUCCCUAUGAUUUUGAGACUAAGUGCACCACCAAAAAUUAUGUCCAUGUUGAUAGAAACUACGAACCAGGUAGCAGGACAUAAGGGGUUACGUACUCAUAUGCAAAUGUUCGGGGAUGAACCACAUGUGCGGCAAAACGCAAAAGGUAAAGUGCAUUUUGGGUCCCAAACAAAAGCAAUGAAAAUGCUUCUAGUUUACCAAAUGACAUUAUUUAUAUUUUUUUUCAAAAAAAAGACAUUAUUUAUGUACAAUGGUAUUUUAAUUUUUUUGCUGAAGUCAUUAACGGUGCAGACAAUGCACUAUAGUUUAUAAAUCACAAGAGCUUAUAUACUUAUAUUCAAAUAUCAAGCGAUAAAUCACAGAGUAAGGCCCCGUUUGGGGACUUACUUUUUUAGCCAAUUAGUCAAAAAAUU